AUGCUCGAGCUGGUUAAUCAAGUUGGAUUGAGGGUCGUGUGUGGCCUGACCAUAGUCCAAGUCGGUGUCAACAUGCGAAGGAGGAAUAAGGAUCAUCUAUCUAAAGUAGAUAAGAGGAGAAUUCUCGGAAGAUCUUCGCCUGAAAUAGGGAAAUUCAGAAUGCUCAACGUCAAAUGUCUUAUGCCAAGAGCUCUCUCAACUCUUUUUUUGCAGUACACAAAGAUGGCGAACGAUGUAACUAUGAUGAAUAAUAUGGUGGAUAAUCACAAAGGCUUGUGUGGUAAAUCAUACUUUAGGAAUAGGACCACCACUAGGAUUUCCAAAAUCAUGUCUAUCUCCGAUCACCCUAACACUCAACUUGCCCCGGCGUGUGGAACAAUCUGCCCAUCGGUGCAACAGAAAAAUCAAGUGAUCGUCCAAGUGAGUAGUCCUCGAAACACCUCUUUAGUACCUGAGUCCCGGUGCAACAAACUAAUUCUUAUGGCCGUGAUGGCCCAAUUGGCACAGCCGCAGGGCUCGAGGAUAGUGGAUCCACCGGUGGAUCAUAGACUAGAAGAAGACCCGAAAUCGGCAAAGGGUCCGAUUUCAAGACCCAUAGGUCCGGUCCAGUUUCGACCCGGACCAGACCGACCCGGACCACCUCUAAACUCGCCCAACGGCGCGCGUGCAUGCAUGGGUUCAUUAGCGACAGCCGAGCUUUGUGACACGAAUGCGGCACUCUUGGCAACUGGUGACCUCCGAGUCCUGCAGCCCAUUUUCAAGAUUUACGGCCAAUCACGGGCCUUCUCGGGCCCAAUUGCCACCCUCAAGGUGUUUGAGGAUAAUGUGUUGGUGAGGGAGCUUCUAGAAACAAAAGGAGAGGGCAGAGUCCUGGUCAUCGAUGGAGGGGGGAGCCUUAGGUGUGCCUUAGUGGGUGGGAAUCUGGGCCAGCUGGCCCAAAACAUGGGCUGGGCCGGGAUAGUCGUGAAUGGGUGCAUACGUGAUGUGGAUGAGAUUAAUGGGUGUGACAUUGGGGUUCGGGCCUUAGCCUCCCAUCCCCAGAAAUCGAACAAGAAAGGAGUGGGGGAAAGGCAUGGGAACAUUCAUAUUGGGGGUACUGUGAUUAGGGAUGGGGAGUGGUUGUAUGCAGAUAGUGACGGUGUUCUCAUUUCAAAAACCGAGCUAUCUGUGUAG